AUGCUUACCCUUUGCCGGACCAGUCUCUCACGCGGACAGCUAGUCACGGAGUCGUUCCACCAGUUCUCUCAGCUCGCUCCCGAGCUGCGACGAUCCGUCUGGAGAGCCUCUUGGGCCCCGAGAAAUAUUGUGGUAUUUCACAAUAACUACCCGAAUGAAGAAUGGUUCGCAAAUUCCAAUAAGGGACUUCCAGCAUCGGCAUUCGUCAACAGAGAGUCCCGAGACGAGACGCUGCUGCACUUCGCCUGGAGCUUUGCGCGCUUCCCAAUCGCAGCUCCCAUCAAGAUCCGAAUCAACUUCAAUAUUAACAUCCUCUUCGUUGCAAGUCGCGAUUGCCAGCCGCGACUUACGCACGAGCUGAAGACCAGUCCUGAACUCCGGUGUCUUCAGCAAAUUUCCGUGCGCGAAUGGCUUCCGGUUGGCCUGCUGUCCAAGACAUAUGCUCACCACUGGCCCGGCGUCUGGGGCAGAGCAAAGUUCCUCGUGCCACGCUUGAGAAAUCGCUCUCAGUUGCGAGAGCAGUUCGCCGGUUCCUUCCAUAACGACGUGCAAUCCGCUCUCCAUGUCACGCAGUGUCUACUAGCAUCGCACUUCCCAGCACUGCGCGAAAUCACACUAAGACCGCUCGGGCCCGAAAAUUUCUGGGACGAGUGUCACGAGCGGCUGUGGACCGAGCAGUGGUUCGAACUCAAACGCCACACGGUCAAAAGCAUAGAGUUCCCCCGGCUGAAGAGUGAAGGCGACAAGACUGUCAGAGUGAACUACUCGCCGCUCAAGUACCAAUCCACGGGCUGCCCUCAACCUCUCAACGGAUUCGACUGGCGCUGUCUGUCGUACGCCAUGGAAUACGCCCUCGGAUGCGAUGGCUUUCAGCGCGAACUAAGGAAGUACGAGGAAGAGGAGUACGAGGAAGAGGAGGCCGAGGAGGAGGAGGCCGAGGAGGAGGAGGCUGAUGAAGAGGAGUAA